AUGGCACCCUUCGCAAAGCCUGAAUCUGUGCUUCGCAGAGCCGAUGAGCUCAUCGCCGUCGGUCAGCACGCCGCUGCCCUCGAGGCUCUUCACGAUGUCAUCAUCUCCAAGAGAUCUCGCAGUGUUCCCCUCGCUUCGUUGGAGCCCAUCAUGCUCAAGUUUGUCGAGCUGUGCGUCUCCCUUCGCAAGGGCAAGAUCGCCAAGGAGGGUCUCCAUCAGUACAAGAACAUUUCCCAGAACACCAGCAUCGCCACUAUCGAGUUGGUUAUCAGAAAGUUCAUCCAGUUGUCUGAGGAAAAGGUCCAGGAGGCUCAGGCCAAGGCCGAUCAGAUCACCUUGGACGGCUUGGACGACUUGGAGGCCACCGAGACUCCCGAGUCCAUCCUCCUCUCCACCGUCUCUGGCGAGCAGAACAAGGACCGCACUGACCGUGCCGUCGUCACCCCCUGGCUCAAGUUCCUGUGGGAGGCCUACAGAACCGUCCUCGACAUUCUCAGGAACAACGCCCGCCUCGAGGCCCUCUACCAGACCACCGCCCACCAGGCCUUCCAUUUCUGCUUGAAGUACACCCGCAAGACCGAGUUCCGCCGUCUCUGCGAUCUCCUCCGCAACCACUUGCAGAACAUUGCCAAGUACGCCCACCAGCCCCACUCCAUCAACUUGAACGAGCCCGAGUCCCUCCAGCGCCACUUGGAUACCCGUUUCCAGCAGUUGAACGGUGCCGCUGAACUCGAGUUGUGGCAGGAGGCCUUCCGUUCCGUCGAGGAUAUUCACAACUUGAUGACCAUGUCCAAGAAGAUGCCCAAGCCCUUCAUGAUGGCCAACUACUACGAAAAGUUGACAAAGAUCUUCAUGGUCUCCGACAACUACCUCUUCCACGCCGCUGCCUGGAACAAGUACUACACCCUCGUCAAGACCCAGAACAAGUCCGUCACCGACGAGGAGCAGACCCGCAUGGCCUCCUUGGCCCUCCUCUCUGCCCUCGCCAUCCCCGUCGUCUCUACCAAGGACACCGGUUACGAGGUUGAUGAGUCCAAGAACAAGUCUCACCGCCUCGCCGCCCUCUUGGGUCUUAACCGCUCCCCCAACCGUGCUAGUCUCUUGAAGGAGGCCCUCAGCAAGAACAUCCUCAAGCACGUUCGCCCUGAGCUCCGCGAGUUGUAUAACAUCUUGGAGGUCCAGUUCCACCCUCUCUCCAUCUGCAAGAAGAUCGAGCCCAUUAUGACCAAGCUCACCGAGGAUCCCGAGCUGGUCAAGUACGUCAAGCCCCUCCACCAGGUCAUCUUGACCCGCCUCUUCCAGCAGUUGUCCCAGGUCUACACCACCGUCAAGCUCGACUUUGUCAUCCAGUUGGCCUCCUUCGCUGCCCCUUUCAACUAUGACUCUGCCACCAUUGAGAAGUUCAUCAUGCAGGGAUGCAAGAAGGGAGAGUUGUCGAUCCGCAUUGAUCACGCCACCCAGUCCUUGACCUUCGAGACUGACUUGUUCGCUGUUGACAACAAGACCGUCACCGACGGCCCCGUCUUGCAGUCGUUGCCCGCUGACCUCAUGAGAACCCAGUUGACCCGCUUGGCCACCUGCCUCAACACCACCGUCUCCAUGAUCUCGCCCGAGAUUGUCGAGGCCAAGAAGGAGGCCAAGAAGGCUGCCUUCAUGAAGGCCUUGGUCGGCAUGAAGGAGGAUCACAAGUUGGCCCUCGAGCGCAAGGCUAUCAUCGAGCGCAAGAAGGAGUUGAUCGAGACCAUGUUGGCUCGCAAGGAGAAGGAGGAGGCCCGCGAGAAGGCCCUCCGCAUCCAGGCCGAGCAGGAGGCCCUCAAGGUCCGUCUUGCAGAGGAGCGCCGCAAGCGCGAGGAGGACCGCAUCCGUGCUGAGCAGGACGCCAUUCGCAAGACCGAGUCGCUCAAGUUGGCCGAGUCCCUCAAGAACAAGGUCGGUGUCGAGCUCAACGACGAGGAUCUCGACAACCUCGACAAGGACAAGUUGGUUGCUAUUCAGAUCAAGCAGCUCGAGAAGGAGAAGAGCGAGAUGGCCACCCGUACCAAGGCCAUUGGCAAGCGUCUGGAUCACGUCGAGCGUGCUAUGCGCUUGGAGGAGCGCCCUCUUUUGGCCAAGGAUUACGAACGUCAGCAGAGAGCCGACCGUGUCUACCACGAGGCUGCUGUCAAGGCCCACUUCGAGGCUGCUGCUGCCAAGCAUGCUCACGAGUUGAUGUUGAAGAAGCGCAUGAUCAAGAUCGUCGACGACUACCGCCAGACCCGCCAUGAGAUGGAGGAAAGACGCGAGGAGGAGUUUGCCCAGAGACGCGAGGCAGCCCGUAUCAGGAUCGAGGAGGAAAAGGCCAGACGCAUUCAAUUGUACAGAGAGCGCAAGGCCGAGAACGAGGCCCGCAAGAUCCGCGAGGAGAAGGAGCAUGCCGAGCGUGAGGCUGAGGCUGCCCGUCGUGCCGAGGAGGAGGAGAAGAGACGCACUGAGCGUGCUGCCCAGGCUGCCAAGGAGCGCGAAGAGUACGAGGAAGAGAGACUCAAGUUGGAUGCCAUGGCUGCCAAGCAGCGUGAGAAGGAGGCCGCCAUCGAGGCCCGUCUUUCUGGAUCCAGAACCGGCUCUGCUGCCCCCGUCACACCCCCCAGAUUCGUCCCCUCGUCUUCUGGAGGAGAGAAGCCCAGCUGGAGAGAGCGUGUUGCUGCCAAGGAGGCUGCUGCCGCUGCCGGCGAGGCUGCCCCUGCCCCUGCCCCCGCUCCCCCCGCUGGCGCUUACCGCCCUCCUGGUUCCCGCGCCACCGAGCCUCCUCGUCGUGACACUCCUCCCCCUCGUCGCGAGCCCGCCCCUGCCCCUCAGGCUGAGGAGCCCGCCCCUACCCGUCGUCCCUUGUUCGGCAACGCCACUGGCGGUGGAUGGAGAGACCGCGAGGCUGCCAAGAAGACGCAGUAA